AUGAAGUACUCGCUUUUCCUGCCGUUACUUGUGGUCAGUACAGUCAGGUUGUUCCGAAGUGAAGACUGCAAUGUAGAUCAUAACGAGCAUCAAGCUCUGGUCGAACGGAACAUCACUCAUUCUCAUUGUUUCAAGAUCGUUUUCGAUACUAAACCCGAAAGCUGUACAAUCACGUCAUCUGUUGUUGGUUUUUCAAACGCUGAGGAGCGCGUCAUUAUCUAA